CGAGACUAGGGUAUCAGCGGCGGAGGAAUACACAGCUAUAUAGAACCUGCCUGCUUGUAGAUAUCUAUUUGGGAGCCGGCUGUCCGCGUAGUCUAGCUGUAGAUAUCCAGAUCAAUUGCCGACAAAAAUGGCUGACCAAUUAACAGAGGAACAAAUCGCUGAGUUUAAGGAGGCCUUUUCCUUAUUCGACAAGGACGGCGAUGGCACCAUCACAACGAAAGAGCUGGGCACGGUGAUGAGGUCACUGGGACAGAACCCAACGGAGGCGGAGCUUCAGGACAUGAUCAAUGAGGUGGAUGCCGAUGGCAACGGGACCAUCGACUUCCCUGAGUUCCUGACCAUGAUGGCCAGGAAAAUGAAGGACACAGACAGCGAGGAGGAGAUCCGCGAGGCCUUCCGGGUAUUUGACAAGGACGGAAACGGUUACAUCAGUGCAGCCGAGCUCCGUCACGUCAUGACCAACCUGGGAGAGAAGCUAACAGACGAGGAGGUAGACGAGAUGAUCAGAGAGGCGGAUAUUGAUGGUGACGGGCAGGUCAAUUACGAAGAAUUUGUACAAAUGAUGACUGCAAAAUGAAGCUCCCCUGACCUUUCCCUCUCCCUCUUAGAAGAAAAAAAAAAUCAGUCAAAUGUUUUACUUACCUCUUGCAAAAAUGUUAAUUUAUUCAUACUGUUUCUGUAUAGAAAACAUGAUUGAAUGUUGAGGAAAAAAAACUUCUGUUCCCACAGAAAGAAAAAGAUUUAAAAAAACCAAAAAAAAAAAAAACAAUAUCUGCAUGAAAUGGUUAGUGGUCUCCUCCCCAAUGCCUGUACUACCUUAAAACAGGCCGGAAGCGCUUUGGCUUCACCUGCUCGUACUCAUGUUUGGGCUGGCCAUUUUCUUUCUCCUCUUCUUUUAUUAAUGCAUGCAGCUUGUGGCUGGGGCACUCUGCGGCCAAUUUAAACAAAAAAACAAAAUUACAAAAAAAACCCACGCUGAUUCUGCAGGAAGUGGCGUAUUGUCGGUAUGGUAACAUUGUUUGCACCGGGAGACGGAGCAGUUCACCUUCGGAGAUGGAAACUCAGAAGAUCAAUGCGAGUUCUUGCUGGUGCAGGAGUGGAAUGAGACCUUGCUGUGUUAUAACAAUACGAAUAAAAUUGAAAUGGGGCGGGCGGGGGGAGGGGGGGGGGUAAAAAUUGUUUGGCAUGUGGGUAUCUCAAAAGACUGUCCUUUGUUGUGCAUUGCACUCCUGGGGGGAGGAUGGGAAUUGUGUGGGGGUGAUUGUCUGAUUGUGACCGUUUACAAAAUGGAGUCAUUCUUUUGGUAAGGAGAAGUGGUUGACCUUCAUGUUAAUGACUUCUGUUUUUCUGGAUAAAGGCAGGAGCGUGUGGAACGGUCUUGUGUAUCUACAGUACUUAGGAUUUCAGCACAAAAAAAGUCUUCAAAGCUGUUCAUCUGAAUACAGUUUUCGUUCAUUCCAAGUUGUACAUGCUAGUCUUUUAAUUUUUUUUCCAAUAAAAGACCAUGAACUUUAUAAA